GUACUGUCGCCGGAAGCUCUGGACUGGGUACUGUCGCCGGAAGCUCUGGACUAUGGAAGCGCACUGGAAGCCUGAUGCGUGGUGCCGGAACUGGUGGUACCGGGCUGAGGACACGCACCUCAGAGUGAGUGCGGGGAAGAGGCACAGGCCGUACUGGACUGUGGAAGCGCACUGGAGGCCUGAUGCGUGGUGCCGGCACUGGUGGUACCCGGCUGAGGACACGCACCUCAGGGCGAGUGCGAGGAGCAGGAACAGGACGUACUGGACUCUGGAGGCGCACUGGAGAUCUGGAACGUAGAGCUGGCUCAAUGCGUCCAGGCUGGAUGCUGCUUCUAGCCCGGCAAAUGCGAGGAGAGGCGCUCGCCACUUGUACCAAGCGCUCCUGCUUGGUUGUCACUAGUUACCACAGACACAAAGUCAAAAUUAGCCAUAUUGUAAAAAUGUAUGAAAAUAAAUAUGUAUGUUUUGUCUUAAUGUAAGAUUAGGGUUAGGCAUAAUGUUAGCAGUGUGGUUAAGGCUAAGGUUAGGUUUCAAAUCAGAUUAAGAUAAAUUGUAGAAAUAGGCGGGGUUUAGCCAUAUUUAUGACUUUGUGGAUUUGGUAACUAGUGACUACCCUCCUGGUUGCGUCCUUGGCCUGACGUCACCAUGUAGCGGUCUUCCGUGGACACAAAACGGGAGAAAAUAUUUUAACUGGCGAACGACAAUGAACGUUCUUAUCGGACAAAUUCACGCAGUAUAGCUUCUUAUUUUUCGAACGUUUUCAUUAGUUUCAGACAUCAACAUUCCAUGCCCUUUGUAGGUUAGGCAAAUAGGUCUAUAUUCCAAAUGAAAAAAUGCCGUUCUAACUAACAUUUAUUAGCGCAUGAAAUUAUUAUUUUUUUUUUGUUAAACAGGAUCAGAAAAUCACUGAACAUUAGGACUGUCGUGUAGGUUACUUUAUGAAGACACGGACUACUUCUGUGCGUUUAUACUGUUUAACAUUAAGUUAUAAAAGGCUUUUAUUGAACACACAGCUUGCUAAAACAUCCCUAUAGGCUUCCGCCUUCACCUCGUGACCUCCUUGCCUCCUUACGUCACUGCUCAACAUUAACAUUACACCACAAGGCCGAUGUACCCUCAUUACCUCAUUAUGUUAAAUCAGUGUGAAUCAUGCAUAAUAAAAGUGUAGUAAAUGUGUAAUUAAAAGAUUUUUAAAAAGUCUCAUCAUCCGUAAUAUAAUUAUUAGGGAAAUGCCAGUCGUUCUGAUCAUAGCAUUACAGAUUAUAGGACCCAGAGUCAUUGACAACCUGUCUUUCUCUAGGUGCUCCCUAGGCAGGGGUGUGAAGCGCUGAUCACCGAGGUAGAACACGAACAUCUCUGAUGCGUUGUAAAAUAACUUGUAAAGCUGGUUUUUGUACCUGGUAGGAGUGUCAGCACACCAGUCUUUGUCGACUUCAGCAACGCAUUGGUCGCUGCUCCUUUUGUAGAUUUUCACCUGUAGUUCCUCUUCAAGAUGUUUCUGGCCAAAAAACUAAUUGGUGGCAUCCUGGAUGUUGUGAGCAAUGUUGACCCCGGUCAAUUUGUGCCCUCAGAGCCUCCCCCACCACGCAGACCUCUGGCCUACGCUAAGCCGAAAGAGAAUGACGAGGAGACACAGUUCCGCAAGGUGUUCCAGCAACUCGCUGGGGAUGACAUGGAGGUGAGCCCCAAUGAACUGAUGAACAUCCUCAACAGGAUCAUUGGAAAACGUACUGACCUGAAGACUGAUGGCUUUAGCAUCGAGUCAUGCAGGAGCAUGGUGGCUGUCAUGGACAGCGACAGCUCAGGAAAGCUAGGUUUCCAUGAGUUCAAGUUUUUAUGGAACAACAUCAAGAAAUGGCAGUGCAUCUACAUAUCAAAUGACACAGACCGCUCAGGGCUCAUCUCCUCACAAGAGCUUCCCGCUACCUUCAAAGCUGCAGGCUUCCCUCUCAACGACCAGCUCUUCCAGUUGAUGGUCCGCAGGUACAGUGAUGAACAGGGCAACAUGGACUUUGACAACUACAUUGGGUGCCUGGUCAGACUGGACGCUAUGUGUCGAGCUUUCAAGACUCUGGACAAAGAUGAUGAUGGAAUCAUCAAAGUCAACAUCCAGGAGUGGCUUCAGUUGACCAUGUACUCUUAAAACAUCAAGGAAAGCCUACAAAAAUCCUACAUUAAUCUCUUCGUUUAUCUCUCUCUCUCUCUCUCUCUCUCUCUCUCUCUCUCUCUUAAGAUUUUUAUUUCAUAUUACCAUUGUUAUUAUUGUUUACAGACGUUCAUACGUCAUUUAGUCAUGAAUGUUCAUUCAAUUCAUCACUAGAUGGCAGCAUUGCAGCAACACCAGGAAGCACACAUCCACUUUCUGUCCAAUAGGCCAAACUCAACUACUUUUCUAUAUUCCAAAUAUUUUAAAGUUUUGUGUUUUCCUUUUUUCCAGCAACACACUUGGUCAAACAUUCCAUACUGCUAUGUAAUGUAAUAUAUACAUUCUAGUGCUCAAUAAAGGGGCAAUAUGACCUAUUA